AUUAGAUUUGUUUCUCUGUCGCGAGAAUCUUCAUCGACCUCCGUUACUUCCUUUUCCUCUCCGUCACCGUCACCGUCACCGUCACAGAUCCCAAUCGAGACUCCCUCCUGCGAUGUGGUGAUCUCUCUCCAUCUCUCCCACUGAUUCUACGAUUGCUCUCUGCGUAGCCUUGUGAAUUAGGGGUUUCUCUACGAUUCGAUCGCGUUCUUCUACACACUGUAUUCGCUGCUAGAUUUCGGAUCAUCCUCAAAUGGCAGCGCCGAGGCCGACGGGGAGCCAGGAUCUGUUCGAUGCUUAUUUCAGGAGAGCGGAUUUGGAUGGAGAUGGUCGUAUCAGUGGAGCUGAGGCCGUCGCUUUCUUCCAAGGCUCCAAUUUGCCUAAAAACGUCCUUGCUCAGGUAUGGUCCUGCGCAGAUGCAAAAAAGGCUGGUUACCUUGGUCGAGCGGAGUUUUAUAAUGCUCUAAAGUUGGUUACUGUGGCGCAAAGUAGACGGGAAUUAACUCCUGAGAUAGUCAAGGCUGCAAUUUAUGGUCCUGCUUCUGCCAAUAUCCCUGCUCCCAAAAUAAAUCUUGCUGCAACACCCUCUCCACAGCCUAGGGGAGUUGUGCCUGCUACACAAGCUCAGGGGGGUGCGUCACUGCCUUCAGUUCCGCCUGGUAUGAGAGGGCCUCAAAUGGGUGGAACUGUAAGCAGUAGUAACCAACAAGUAGGAACGGGCCAGCAGAACCAAUUUAUGGGGGCGCCUCCAUCUCAACCACAGCAAAACUUUCAAAGCCAGGUUAUGCCAUCUGGAGGGACUACUGCGCCUCGUACGGCAAACCAACCUAUGCCAUCUGAUUGGCUCAGCGGCAGAAGUGUCGGGCCCUCUGGGCAAGUGAAUUCUCAAAUACCUUCGAAUCAAAGUGGAUAUGGUUUGACGGCACCUAACUCAAUUGCCAACAAUACACCAAAACCGCAUAUGACACCUGCUGUAAUAAGCUCUACAACAGCCAGACCUCAAGAAUCAGCGCCGGUGCAUAAGCCCCAAGAUUCAUCUGCUCCUUCAGGUGCUCGUGCUCUAGAUGCUCCAUCCAAUCAAUUGGUAGCCAAGGAUCCAAAGGAACUAGCUGCAUCAGGAAAUGGUUUCCCUGACUCACUUUUCGGAGAUGUGUUUACAGUUGCUUCGCAGCCAAAACAACAUCCUGUGGGAACUACGUCGACAAUGGGCAUCUCACCUUCUUCUGGUACAACUGGCUCUACUGUUGGUGUUGGGCUUGCAGCUUCUGGUCAGAUGACGCAGCGUCAGUCUCAGCCCCAACCCCAACCCCGACCACAGCACCAACCACAUCACCAACCCCAGCAUCAACCACAUCACCAACCCCAGCACCACCCCCGACCCCACCCCCAAUCUCAAAUCCAACACCAACCCCACCCCCAGUCCCAAGCCCCUUGGCCAAGAAUGACUCCAGCUGACGUCCAGAAAUAUGCAAAGGUAUUUGUGCAAGUUGACACUGAUAGGGACGGCAAGAUCACUGGGCCCCAGGCUCGGAAUCUGUUCUUAAGUUGGAAGCUCCCGCGAGACGCUUUGAGGCAGGUAUGGGACUUAUCUGAUCAAGAUAAUGAUAGCAUGCUUUCCUUGAGAGAGUUCUGUAUUGCUGUCUAUCUAAUGGAGCGUUAUAGAGAGGGCCGACCUCUUCCCCCUGUAUUCCCAAGCACUAUAAUAUCUAGUGAGAGCAUGUUUACCUCUCCUAGUCAAUCUGUGGCACCACAAGGCAAUGCAUCCUGGGGACAUACACAUGGUCAAGUUCAUGGGGCCUCGAGACCACCAGCAAUUCCCAAAGGAAAGCCUCCAAGGCCGGUCUCUCCUCUCUCUCCUAGUGAUGGAAUGGUCCAGUCCACUCAGCCAAAGCGUAAAAUGCCUGAGUUG